AUGACCAGCGCCAUGUCUGAUUUACCAAAAGUUCAGUGUAUUGCAAGAGCAAGAAUACCCACAGUGCAAGGUCCAGAUAUCUUUCUACACUUGUACCAGAACGACAGAGACAACAAGGAACAUCUGGCUAUAGUCUUCGGAGAGAAUAUUCGGUCCAGGUCGUUGUUCAGGAGAAACGCAGGCGAGACGCAGGAAGAGCGCAUGAUUAGAGGCGCAUACGUUGGAAAAUUAUACCCUGGCCGAGUUAAAGCAGAUGUGGAUGAGAAACAAGGACUCUCACUUUCAUUCGAUGAAAAGACUGGAGAACUCGUAGUGGAGCCUAAUACGACAUGGUGCGACAAGGAUACGCUAGUCAGAAUUCAUUCGGAGUGUUACACUGGAGAAACGGCGUGGAGUGCGAGGUGUGAUUGUGGGGAACAAUUCGAUAGAGCAGGGAAACUGAUCUCUGUGGAACGUGAGGGUGAUAUCGUUGGAGGCAACGGCCAUGGUGUAAUCGUAUAUUUAAGACAAGAGGGCCGGGGUAUUGGGCUCGGAGAGAAAUUAAAGGCUUACAAUUUACAGGACCUUGGUGCAGACACAGUGCAGGCCAACUUGCUGUUAAAACAUCCAGCAGAUGGUCGGGAUUUCUCCAUAGGUAGGGCAAUACUAAUCGAUUUGGGGAUCUCAAACGUCAGAUUACUUACGAACAACCCGGAUAAAGUAGCACAAGUGGAACAGGCGCCAUAUCUACAUUGCGUCGAGCGUGUUCCAAUGGUACCCUUGUCGUGGUCUGGUAACCAUAAGGAUGGGAUCCAUUCAAAGGAAAUAGAAGGCUAUUUGAGAACAAAAAUCGAAAGAAUGGGCCAUCUCUUACAAAAACCAUUAACGCUACAUACAAAUAAUGAUACAAACCACCAAUCUACUCCUAUUGCCUGA